UAUGACACGCGUCGUUGUCUCCACGCAAUAUACGCGUCCAAGCGGCACUUUCGCAACCGAACGUACAUGUAUAUAAACUUCGCGUCCCGCUGCGCGGGGCAACUUGAACGCGGAGGGUGAGUCGUGGUGAGAUGAUCUCACGUCUUUCUCGACCAGCGCAUUUCUUCCUCGCCGGUGGCUAAUGAAUCAAAGCACUGUUAACACGUUGCCAAGUGCCGACUUGUUUUCAAUCGCUUUUCUUCAUCGUGCGACAAAUCUUAUUCUCUCUCUGAAUAUUCCUUCGCCUUUGCGAUUUCUAACGAAUGCUCUCUCCCUGGUACUUUGUAGCCAUUGUCCGUGAACAACUGCAUUCAUCGAGUGCCAGCAUCGCCACAAGGGGUCUAUUUCGAAGUUCGGCAAAAAGUCGGCAGUUUUAUCUGUGGUCGAGCACGUGCCCACGGACAAAAACCCUUUAUAUUCGGCAGCUUCGUGUAACCUUCGGCGUCGUUUCAGUCACAGGCACCUUGGCCACUCCAGCCUCCUCCUCCUCGAAUCGCCGUCGUGGGAUACGAUGCGCCAGUCGUGUCCGACUUAGCCGCGUCUGGAUAGCCGCUUUAAAGCGUUUAAAGCGAAUAAUCCAGGGCAAUUCGCGGCUUUAAUCUUUAUUCCAGCCAUCAGCUGUGUCCGUGUGCCGGCCGGUUUCUUCCCCAGAUUCUGGGCGGUGUGAAGCGCAUUAUCCACCCGCGACACGCGACGCAAUAUACUUACUUAUAUUUAAUCUCCGUCCCAUUAUACGAGCCCGGCCCGGAAUUGUUCUGAUAAAGGGCAAGGCUCGUAUCGCGUUGUAUUCUUGCUAAUCACAAUUUAUACCACGUUCGUGACCGUAGGAAGGGAUUAAGCGGCGCGCGGUAAUGCGCGAUUAUGAGCGUCAGCGCGAGAAUCAUGACCGGCUGUUUUUCGGCGUAGCUCCCACAGCCCCGCGUGGGUUUCCUCCGGACCACCCGAUGACUGGGUUUUAUCGUCGCGCGGGGAAAUUUAAUCGAACACCGCGGCACACACCGAGGAGAAGCCGGCGGCCACCUAUCGUCUCGCGUCUAUUUGCGACGUGUGCCGCUGUUUGCGUGCCUCAUUCGCGAACACAGCGGCGGCGAUAAGUUGAUAACGCGCCUCGAUGCCUCGACUAGAACUCAGUGUUACUCGUUAUCUGGUUGUGAGCGGUAACCUAUCGCGAUACCGCGGUAGGAUAGUACGAAACGAUAGCGAUAUGUUGGACAACGAACAGCGGCUCUCGUUCGGGUUCCUGUACGGGGACUGCUUCUUCUUUUUUCCAAACGUGCCGCCCGCACCUGGGAUGCCUUGUCAGGGAGAAGACAGAAGCAUCUACAGACGUGGCGCUCGUAGAUGGAGGAAGCUGUACCGAGUGAACGGCCAUAUUUUUCAGGCGAAACGAUUCAAUCGGAGAGCCUUUUGCGCCUUUUGCCAAGAUCGGAUCUGGGGUCUCGGGCGGCAGGGAUUCAAAUGCAUCCAGUGCAAGUUACUCGUGCACAAAAAAUGUCACAAAGUGGUGAGGAAGCCAUGCCUGAGCCUACAGCAGCAACAGCAGCAGCAAUUGCAGAGCGCAGAGUCGCAGACGAUCGACAGGAAUGGCGACCAGCAGCUUGAUUCGUUCCCAUGCGUUACAACGACCCAUCUCGAAGAUGAGAUUACGGAGUCGCCGAUCAUAGAGGAGCAUCCGCGCGAUCGGAUGGGAAGUGAGGAAGGGGAGGAAUUGCCAUUAGAUCCGUUGAACGACGGCGAUAAUUCCAAUGACAUGCAACGUCAGUAUUCGUUGAACGACUUUGAGUUAAUUAAGGUGAUCGGCCGUGGUUCCUACGCGAAGGUCUUGAUGGUGGAGCUCAAACGCACCAAGAGGAUUUAUGCUAUGAAGGUGAUCAAGAAGGCCCUAGUGACGGACGACGAGGACAUUGAUUGGGUGCAGACGGAGAAACAUGUGUUCGAGACGGCCUCGAAUCAUCCCUUCCUAGUGGGCCUGCACUCCUGCUUCCAAACACCCUCGCGUCUGUUCUUUGUAAUAGAAUUCGUCCGUGGCGGUGAUCUCAUGUUUCACAUGCAAAGACAACGCCGUCUUCCCGAGGAUCAUGCGCGAUUUUACGUAGCCGAGAUUAGUCUUGCCUUGAAUUUCUUACACGAAAAGGGAAUCAUUUAUAGGGAUUUGAAAUUGGACAAUGUACUGCUGGACCAUGAAGGACACGUGAAGCUCACGGAUUAUGGAAUGUGCAAAGAGGGUAUCAGAGAAGGUGAUAACACGGGCACUUUCUGCGGUACUCCUAAUUAUAUCGCUCCCGAGAUACUCCGUGGCGAGGAAUACAGUUUCUCGGUGGACUGGUGGGCCCUGGGUGUUUUGUUGUAUGAGAUGUUGGCUGGUCGUAGUCCCUUUGACAUUACCGGCGCAUCCGAGAAUCCAGAUCAAAACACCGAAGAUUUCCUCUUUCAAGUUAUUUUGGAGAAGACUAUACGUAUACCGCGUUCGUUGUCCGUUAAGGCAGCGUCUGUUCUUAAAGGAUUUCUUUGUAAAGAUCCCGCAGAAAGGCUAGGUUGCGGGAAGAGGCCUUCCGGUUUUUACGACAUUGUCGGCCAUCCUUUCUUCAAAGCAAUUGAUUGGGAAAUGUUGGAGCAAAAGCAGGUUACGCCGCCUUACAAGCCACGCUUGGAUUCCGAUCGUGAUCUGGCAAAUUUCCCGCCCGAAUUUACGGAUGAGCCUGUGCAUUUAACUCCGGAUGAUCCGAGGGUAAUUGAGAAAAUCGAUCAAAGUGAAUUUGACGGCUUCGAGUAUGUGAAUCCUCUACUAAUGUCACUGGAAGACUGCGUGUGA